AUGGCCGGAUUGACCUCGGAGGUGAUGGACUUGCGCCUGCUGAGUGCGCAAGAGACGACCGUGGCAACUUUGACAACUUCCAGCCCGAUGGAUAACGAGACGAGUUGCGGCGAGCACAUCCUAAACUACGGACGCAUGGAAAAGAUGGUGAUUGGUGUCAUUCUCACUUUGCUCACGUUUCUUACCAUAUGUGGGAAUUUACUGGUGGUCAUGUCUGUGUGUUUCGUGAAGAAGCUCAAACAGCCCUCUAAUUACCUUAUCGUGUCCCUGGCCAUCGCGGACAUGUCAGUUGCCGUGGCUGUGAUGCCGUUCGUCAGCAUCACCGACCUCAUUGGCGGUCAGUGGAUUUUUGGCCGGGUUUUCUGCAAUGUUUUUAUUGCAAUGGACGUGAUGUGUUGUACCGCAUCAAUCAUGACGCUUUGUGUGAUCAGUAUUGAUCGAUACAUGGGUAUAACCAAGCCAUUAACGUAUCCCGUGCGUCAGAAUGGGAGGUGCAUGGCCAAGAUGGUGUUCUCUGUGUGGCUCCUCUCAGCGUCAAUCACCCUCCCCCCUCUGUUCGGCUGGGCCCAGAACAUCAACGACGGCCACGUGUGCCUGAUCAGCCAGGACCUGGGCUACACCGUCUACUCCACGGCCGUGGCCUUCUACAUCCCCAUGUCCGUCAUGCUGUACAUGUACUACCGCAUCUACCGCGCCGCCAAGGUCAGCGCCGCCAAGCACACCAUCGCCGGGUUCCCGCGCGCCGCCUCGGCGUCCGCGUCUGCGCCGGUGGCGGCGGCGUGCGCGGCGGCCGCCCUCAAGCUCCAGCGCGAGGUGGAGGAGUGCGCCAGCUUCUCGCGCCUGCUCCGCAGCGACCGCAAGACGCUGUCCAUCUUCCGGCGCGAGCAGAAGGCGGCGGCCACGCUGGGCGUGGUGGUGGGCGCCUUCAGCGUCUGCUGGCUGCCCUUCUUCCUGCUGUCCACGGCGCGGCCCUUCGUCUGCGGCGUGGAGUGCAGCUGCGUGCCGCUGUGGCUGGAGCGCACCUUCCUGUGGCUGGGCUACACCAACUCGCUGGUCAACCCCUUCAUCUACGCCUUCUUCAACCGCGACCUGCGCACCACCUACAGCAACCUCAUCCGCUGCCGCUACCGCAACAUCAACCGCAAGCUGUCCGCCGCCAGCAUGCACGAGGCCCUCAAGCUGACGGAGAAGCACCAGCACGGCGCGUUGGUCGCCGGGUCAGGCGGGGCCGGUAGGACCCUUCUGUAAAGGGGACGUGGGGGAUUUCUUUUUGCUG